AUGGCCGAAGCCAGGCUAUUUGGAUUUCAGGAUGCGUUUGCCUGCUCGGUGUGUCUGAAGACCCUGACUGACCCCGUGUCCCUGAAUUGCGGUCACAGUUUCUGUCUGAAGUGUCUGACCAACUGCUGGGAUCAGAGCCACGUGUGCAGCUGUCCUCAGUGCAGACACGUCUUCAUCCUGAGGCCUGAACUGCACAUAAACAUGCUGCUGAAUGAAGUCAUCGAGAAACUGAAGAAGACGGAACUCAGCCCUCCCUCGACACAGAAUCUCACCGGCCCUGGAGACGUGGAGUGUGACGCUUGUUGUGGGAAGAAGUUCAGAGCCGUGAAGUCAUGUCUGACCUGCAUGGCCUCCUUCUGUCAGACUCACAUCCAGCCCCACUACAAAGAUGCUGCCCGGAAAGGCCACAAGCUGACUGAUCCUGAUAAAAGUCUAAAGGAGAAGCUCUGUGCAAAACACCACAGGAGCCUGGAAGUAUUUUGCAAGACUGAUGAGAUGUGUCUCUGUAAGAUGUGCAUGGUGGCUGGACACAAGGGGCAUAAAGUUGUUGAACUGAAGACGGAAGGAAAGAAAAAGCAGAAGCAGCCGGGGGUGACACUGAGUGAAAUCCAGAAGAGAUUCAGGGAGCAAGAGAAGAAACUGAGGGAGACCAAUCAGCCAGGAGAGGUGAUGAAGAUGUCUGCAGAAAAGGAGGUGAAGGGAAAGGAGGAGAAGUUCACUGGUUUGAAUCACUUCAUUGAGAAACCUCAGAGGAAAAUGGCCAAGCGAAUCAGAGAACUAAAGAAGAGAGAUGUGGAGAAGACUGAAGGAGUCAUGGAGCGCCUGCAGAAGAAGAUUGAGGAGCUGAAGAGCAAAGAUGCUGAGCUGAAGGAAGAGUUCAUGCAGGAUGUCCGACUAUCCACCCAAGAAGUCUCUUAUGGGUCUGGCAGCCCCCUCUCUCCCUUGGCUGGGAUGCUUGUCUGUCCUCUAGGAGCCUCCUGUCCAGGUUUCUGUUAUUGCUAUCGUAUCGUCAUUAUUCUCCACUACAUGCGGCUUCAAAUCACUUGA